AUGGAGGAAGCUGCCAUGUUAGGGACGGGGGAGGCGUUGACUGAGGUCUGUGGCGUCAGGCAGCUGGCGAGAGGAAGCCCAGGCGGGAGAGGAGCUUCUGGUGACCGUGGAACAAAGGGCCUUCGGGGAGAUCCGGGAAUUCCUGGACAGGACAAUAGCAUCCAAGGACCCAAGGGCUUGAAAGGAGGCCAUGGAAGACAAGGCAGAAGAGGCUGGCCGGGCCCUCCCGGGACACCAGGCUCAAGAAGAAAGACGGUAGUUCAUGGCCGAAGGGGACAUACAGGCCCACAGGGAAAUCCAGGCAUCUCAGGCCCAGAUGGACUUGAAGGCUCACCGGGACUUGUGGGCCCUCAGGGCCCGAGAGGAGACGUUGGUGAGAAAGGAUAUAAAGGAGGCCUGGGAAUGAAAGGUCCCCAGGGGCCUCCAGGACCCGGAGGACAAGCAGGGAACCAAGGCCGUUUGGGAAGCCAAGGAAAUAAAGGAGAACCUGGAGACCUGGGAGAAAAGGGAGCUGCUGGCUUCCCGGGCCCUCGGGGCCUGCAGACCUCUUUAUCAGAAAUCAUCCCACCCUCCCCGCUUUGCCCACGGCUUCCACAAGCCUCGGACAGUGGCCAACACAAGGGCAGUUUGCCCCGCUGGUUUUGUUCGGGUGAUGACGGCAGCCCGGGAUAUGGUAGCGUUGGCCGAAAAGGGACAAAG